CCUUUCAAAUUGUAAUGUGUCUAUAAAAGCGCCAGCAAUUGAUAUUCACAUUCAUUUCAUUUACACGUAUUAAACGCGCAAAAAGUCCGUCAUGUCGCUCCAGGUGAAGAUAAGGGCACUGCUUCUCAUUCUGGCUGCAGCGGCCUUUGUGGAUGCACAGAAUGAUGGGCGUUAUCGUCCACCCGUGGCUGCGACUCUCGCGGGUGCUCGACCUCGUCCAACCGUCCGAGGAGGUGGAGGUGGUGGGGACGGUCGUUAUCAGCCGAGUAAUGAUGGUCGUUAUAGGGGUGGCGGCGAUGGUCGAUAUCGCGGCGGUAAUGACGGCAGAUAUGUACAUCAAGAUGUGCCUUAUGUACAUGACGAUCGUUCUGGUGGCCAAUAUGAAGGCGAUGAGGAUCGAUUUGGACCCGGUGGAGGUGGUGGUGGUGGUGCAGGCGCUUCUGGAGGAGCUGGACGCUCUGGUUCAAACAAUGGUGCACUUGGAGCAGGCAAUGGUGCGCUUGGAGCAGGCAGUAGCGCGCUCGGAGCUGGUAACGGAGCUGCAAUCGGCGCAGGCGCAGCUUUACAAACUACUACCCCACGAAAGCCGGCACCGAAACCCGCGGCAGUGGAUAUUGCAGCUACAUUACCGAAAGGUAAAGGAACUGGUGAAGGUGGUAAUGGCUGGCGGAUCCUGCAACUAUUUGAUAAAGAAGAACAAGACGGUUAUCACUAUAUCUAUGAAACGGAAAAUGGUAUUUUGGCCGAAGAGAAUGGGCGCAUUGAGAAAUUAGCACCGGAAGCGGAUGGGUUACGCUCUUCGGGCUUUUACGAAUACACUGGCGAUGAUGGUGUGCUAUAUCGCGUUGAUUAUGUAGCUGAUGAUAAUGGAUUUGUGCCGCAAGGUGCACACUUGCCCACUCCACCGCCAUAUGUGGCCAAGUUGUUGGCCUAUCUGGCAGCAAAUGCCAAGAAGUAGUGGCAUUCAAAUUCUAUUUAAUACGUUUAUUGAAACAUGCAUUCUUGUCAUAAUCUGAAUUUAAGUAAAUUGCAUUUCAUUUAAUUAACUAUAAUAAAUCUUUUGAUGUGUAGCAAAUAA